AUGGCGAUGGCACUAAGAGGCUUCUGGCAUCUGCCUUCCCUGCUUUAUCGCUCAUCGCUGGCAGUGAUACGGGGACUGCCACCGGCCCCCGCAGGCUGCCCAGCCCUGCUCCAGGCUGGCUGCAGUCACCAUCGGAUGCUGCUGACCAGACAGCUAGCGUCCAAGAAAGCUAAAGGUAAAGGGCAGACUCAAGCCAAAGUGAAUAUCAGUGCUGCCCUGGUUGAAGAUAUUAUCAAUUUGGAGGAAACCAGUGAUGACAUGCAGGCGGUGGUAGAAGCUCUGAAGGAAGAUUUCAGCAGAAAUCUCAGUGUUAGAACCUCGCCAGGGGCCCUUGAUCACAUAAUCGUGGUGACAAAAGACGGGAAGUUUCCGCUGAACCAGCUGGGGCAGAUAUCACAGACGUCGCCACAGCUCAUGAUAGUGAACAUGACUGAUUUUCCUGAGAGCACAGCUGCAGCUACGAAGGCUAUAAGGCAGAGUGGCAUGAACCUGAACCCAGAAGCGGAUGGGACAAUAAUUCGGGUGCCGAUUCCUACGGUCACGAGGGAGCACAGGGAGAGCCUGGCCAAGCUUGCCAAGCAGUCCACCAACAAGUCCAAAGAGGCCCUGAGGAAGGUGCGAAGCAAAAGCAUCAAUCAGGUGAAGAAGUUCAAGAGCAAAGUGUCUGAAGAUACCCUCUGGCUGCUAGAAAAGCAGAUCCAGCAAAUGGCAGACGGUGCUGCGGCUGAGAUGGACAAGCUGCUGGCAGCGAAGACCAAGGAGCUGCUUGGAUAAGCACCGUCCUAAUUGACACACUCCCCC